AUGUACACCACAACCAGGUUCUACCAUUAUCUAUCCUCUGGCGAAUUCGCUUGUGAUGAAGAACCUGAAUACCAGCCAAAACAAGAUGGAGCGGCUAUUAAGUCGUUGUACCAGAUGGAAGGUAUUUCAGAGAAUGAGUCUUCAUCCGAGGAUGAAGAUGAUAAUCAUUUUAAUACAGCAGUGGCUAUGGAAGAAAUUGAUUUAGAGGCAACGCCUCUACCUAAUAUGAUUUGGACACCAACUAAAGGAACAUUCACAAUAUUACAUGCAUUUAUUGAAAAGCAUCCAACGUGUAUUGUGGAAGAUGCUACAGAAUCCCUUUGUGAGACUUUUCAAGGCUUAACAAUUAACGAGUCCACUGUAUAUCGUCACAUUACUGAAAAGCUUGAGUUUACUUUGACUCGUACACAAGCAAGGUUUGUAAACAGAAAUUCUGAUGAUACGCUUGAACAACGUAGACAAUUUAUUGAAGAUAUCGAUGCAAUGAAUGAAGAAAACUUUUACAAAAAAAGAUACAUUUUCGUGGAUGAAGUGGGUUCAAGAAAAACAUGGUACAUCCUGUGGCGUGGUCUAAGAAAGGUGAGCCUGCAGAAGUGGAUGUAG